AUGAUCAAGCAGGAGAGCACAGGACUGUCGGCCGUGACGGCGCUGCUCGAAAGACUCCGGAUGGGCUUGGAGGAGGAGGCCGGCACGCGGACGAUCUUGCAGGGCAUACGAGGGGCUUGCGCACCACCAUCUUCUAUCUGUGACCAGCUGUUGCAACUGCUACCGUUGGUCUCGCCCCCGACGGCUCUAGUGGAAGCCCUGCCGCAGUUCGUAGGAGAGGACCCGGUAGACAUCGCCAACGUGGUCAAGGAGUACAAGGACCUGCUGGAGGGAGAUCGCUCCAUGCUCGUGCACGUCAUAGGGUCACUGUACGACCUCCCCCUGGGGGCAGACACGCGACAGGAGGUUUCCACCAUGACUCUCGAGGCUCUAUCCGUGGUGGACGAGGAGGACGUGCCUGUGGUCGUGCGGACCCUCUUUAAGACAGCCAGGGAGCGGGACAGCGCCAUGGUGGUGUCGAGGGUGAGGGCCGAGUGCGCGGGGCUCGGCAUGACGGCGCUGGCGGUGUUGGUCGACGUCCUGGCGGACACGUUCUCCAUCAACGAGAGCGUGGCGAAGACGUUUCUGGCGCAAGUUUCCGCCAGCGUAGCGUCGUCUGCCGCUGGCGAAUCGCGAUCCUUUGUUCCCUCGAGCGUGGCAGGGGCGGCAGGGGAACAAGGCGAAGAGGUUGAUCCGCUGAGCACGCUGGAUGUCGUCGGCUUUCUGCUGCUGCUGCCACACCGACGUCACGUGGCCGCCGUGCACAGUCUCCUCGACAAAAUUUCAAGGAGACCCGAGCGGCUUCCAACGGACAAAAUCGUGUCGUUGGCCGAGAUGUCAGGAAAGCCUCCGUGGACCUGCAUCGCAAGCCCCAUCCGGGAACUCGGUCUGUGGGCCGCUAUGGCUUCGCCAGCGUUGUCACGCGCUAGGGGCUCCUCUAACGCUAGCCCGGGACCGAGCAACAGCAUUGGCGGCGCUGGCAACACCACCACCACUACCAACAGCAGUGGCGGAGGCGGUAUCGACUCGUACUCACGAUCCUCCUCGGCAUCAUCCUUGGCAUCCCUUCGUCGCGCCGGUGCCCGCAUCCUCCUUGCCGUGUUUCGCGGCCAACCCAACGCCCGGGCGCCUAUCGUCUCCUGCUGCCUUGGGGUCGUGGGCACUCACCGUCUCCCGAGUAGGGGGGGUAGGGGUGGCGCAGGGGCGGGGCCCCGUGGUGGAGAGAGAGACGUGGCGGCCGACGCUCUUCUUGGGACCUGCCUCGGCGCCCUCGACCUUCUCCUGGAGCUGUCCGAGAACUGCCCCGAUCUCAUGUCGCCCUACGCCAACACCGUCGGCGACCUCGUCUUGGGCGGGGGAGGCCGGACCCUGCACCCGCGGCUGCUGGACAAGGCGGCAAGGUGCCUGGCCGUGUUGACUCGCCAGUCUAACGGCAUUGGCAUGGUCAAUGAACUCAUGAACCACGUGCAGAAGCAGGUCUUCUUCUUGGGGGCGGGCAGCGUGGGGGGGGGCGGGGGAUGGGGAGGCGCGAGGGGGUUUUCAGGAGGGCGGCAGGGGGCUGGUCUGCAGGCCGGCCAUGGUGUAGGAGGCGGGCUGGGGAGAUCGGGAGACCCGGACGCUGAGCGCAAGUCGGCGAUCGUGCUGGCGACGCACUUGAUCAGGGGAGGGGCGCUGGAAGAGCGCGACGAGGAUGCUCUUCUCGGAUGGGCGGUGAGACUCCUCUCCCUCCUCCGCGGUGGCCCCUCUUCCCUCCACACCAUCGCCCUUACUCUGGAACUCCUUGUGACGGCCACCUCCGGCGACCUGUGCUCGCCAGGAGGGCAGGGCGGCAGAAGCGGAAACGGCGGCACAGGGGGCGCUAGCAGUGACGGCAGCAGAGGCGUCGACCACCGGCGGGAAGGGUGGCGACGCGCCGGAGCUGCGGCUGCCGGGCGGUGCCUAGCCGGUAUCGGGGUUCUUCGUCUCGAAGAAGGCGGCCGGGGAGUCGGCGGGGACGGCGGCGGGGGGGGCGGAAGGGAAUUGGCAUCUCGGUGGCAAGGUCGAGCGCCACCGCUUGCCCGGAACGAAAAAGAGUUGGUCGAUGUGACGCGUGCGUUAGGCCAGGAGGGCGAAGAGGAAGAGGAAGAGUCCCACAUUUUCGGGGGCGAGCAAGGAGGAGGAGGUGGGGGACACGUGGUUGGGCAAAGGAGGGAGGGAGGGGGGCUGGCGCCGACGAUGUCGCCGCCCUCUCCUGCAGGCGGUGCGACGUUGUGCGUCCGGGACAUGGCGAUAGCCAUGUGGCGAGAGGGCAACACGACCCUGUCCGAGUCCGCCCGGUCCUUGCACAGCUCCUGGUUCGCUGCCAUCACCCUGUCCUGCCGAAACGCAGCAAGUUCCGCCGCAGCUUCCUCCGCCGGUGGUGGCGACACGGCUUUCCACAGCAAUGGAACCCCCACCUCUUUUGACCAACAGAGAGUGGGCGGGGGAAGGGCACCAACGGGGGGCACGACAAGAGGGGGGGGGGCUAGCAGCGGGGACAAUGCCGACCCAAGGGGGGGGGGCUCCUGGCUGCGGGCACGGCUGGGCAUGCCGGUGUGGCCGUUCUCGGACGAGUCGUACGGCGAUGAGGGGCCGAUCGAAGACAGCGGCGGCUACUGGGGGUUGGGCGGAGGGACGGAUGGUCUGGGCGGGGGGUACUCGCUGUGGAGGAUUCCGACGGCCGAGUGCGCUUGGCAAGGAAAGGAAGGCACGCAGCAGCUGGUGGAAGCGGGCGCGGCGUGCGUGGCCGCCAGGUCGCUCCUGUCGUCCGCCGCGAAAUAUCUCCUUGCCAACCUGUCCCCCACCGAAGGUAGCCCGCUGCUGCCCGAGACCUUCGCGAAGGCUACCAGCAACAACCAACGCAGCGGCGGCGGCGGCGGCGACGGCGGCAACGACUAUGGCAGCCGCGGAGCACGACGAAGCCACGCCGACGCGGACAGCAGGGAUACCGGAGGCGUAGUCGACCUCAACGCGGGGGAGGCAUCAGGCCCGGGGUCCUCCUCUCUUCUCUCCGAUCUCGUCUGGCGCUACCUUGAGCUCGGAGCAAGAGGCAGGGUUUGUGUCGCCGCGCUCCGCCGGACCGCGCGACAGUUAGCUGGAAGUGGCGGCGGCGGGGGUAAGGGCGGUGGUUCGGCGGGGGUUAGGGGCUCGGCCGCCUCGACGGAGGGGGAGGGGGAGGAGGAGAGAGCGGCGACGCGGCUUGAGGAAGGGCUGAGCCUGGGCGGGGAAGAAACGUGGAGCACCAGCAACGGCCGCUACGUCGAGAAGAAUGACGGAAGAUGCCGGUCAGCAGAGGACACAGCGAUGACAACCCCCACGACAGCAAUGGGGAGUCUCAUGGACGGCGUGAAGACACCUUCUGUCGUGCUCGUGGCGUACGUGGAGCUGCUGAGGACGCUUGUCACACGCCUCGAAAGCGGCGGUGCUCGUGGGGGGGGGGCGGGCGGUGGGGGGCCCGCGGGGGUGGUGCUGGGGGUGCGGGCGCUAGACCUAGAGACGCUGUUUCGCGGGACUGUCAAGUGCAGCAAGGCUCUGCCAAUCCUGCGCAAGGCGCAGGCGACCUCCAAGACCGCCCUCCUCGCCAAGUUCACCCCUCAGAAGCGACGACGAGAAAGCUUCGCCGCGUUACAGAACAAGCAGAAGAUAUCGGUGUCUGCGCGGCGACGGAACGGUCGCAACAGCGGCGGCGGCGGUGGGCGGGCGGCGGCGGCAGCGAGCGCAGAGACAACCAAGCGCCGAACCCGCUCCAUUGACGCCUCCCGCGGCGGGGGGUCUAGGGGCACCGCGCGAUGGCUCGGCGGCGACAGUGUGAGGAGGCGGGUGGAUAGAGGGGUUAUCGGUGGGCUUCGAGGGGUCAUGGAGGGCGGAGACAGCGACAGUGACGAUGAGGAGAAGGAGGAGGAAGAGGAUGAAGUGGUUUUCUCGGACGAAGAGUCUAGGGAUUCUGAGUGGAAUUCUUCGGAGACGGACGACACUUCCGAAGACGAAGACAGCUCGAGCGACGAAUCGGACCAGGAGGCAGAGGACGAACCCCGUUACCCCCGCGCCUCCACCCCCAAGGGUAAGAGAAGAGCGGCGGCGGCGGCGGCGGCGGCAAGGACAUCCAAGAAGACGGGGGCGGGGGGUCCAUGGAGCGAGACACCCGCUGGCGCCCGCAGGGCCGGCGGCGCGAGCUCUUCCGUCGCCGCUGGCGGCAGCAGGACAGCGGACGUCGAGGCCAACCCUUGGAAGGGCCUGCCCGGGCUGAGCCUUUGUCAGUUCUGGCGGUACAGGCUGUUGCUGGAGGUGGUGCUGGCGGCGAGAGGGGGUGACGGCGGUGGGGAUGAGCGCAGCGACGGUGGGGGGUGGGCCGAGCUCCCCCGGACGGAGUUUGUGGAGGUCAUGAAGCAGCUUGCCGCGGCUACCUCUUCCCGUCCGGCCUCGACCGCCGCCAUCAACGAGAGCGGCGGCGGCGGCGGCGAUGACCUUUACGAUGCCGAGGACGCGGUAUUCUCGGAGCUGUCCGAACAGCACGACAAGGCGGAAGACGGACUCUUGGCAGGCAUGGUGGUGGAGGUGCUGGCCGCGCUGUCCGCGGGACUCCCGAGGUCGGAAGAGGCGGCCGUGCUGUCGUGGAAGGGGCUGCGUGCGGUGUAUCCCCGGGGUUACGGUGCCGGCUACUCGCACGUCGGAGGGGUCGUUGGGGGCCUUCGAAGGCAGGGAGCGUCCCUGCUGUCGUCCCCUGUCUCUCUGCGAUUCUUCCUCCACCUCCACCGCUACGGCGGUACCACCAGUCGUCUCCGGGGACAGCUGCAGUUUCCCUCGCACAUGGGAAACGCCUCCGCGAUGCUCUCGAGGACCGGUUUGCCCGCCCUACCGUUCCUGCAGCACGCGCUCCUGACGCACUGGGCGCUGUCCGGAAGGAUGGGGAGGGCGUGGGGUCUAGCAGCUGCCGUGGUCGACAUGGAGGCGUUCGUGCUGGGGAAGACGGGUCCAACCUGCAAGGGCAGCGAGGAUUCUGCCUCCAGACAACAGUCAUCGUCAGCCAGACACAAGGCGACGCCCUCCUCUUCCUCUUGGUCGUCAUCGCCGCCCACGCUGACGCCGACGCCCGUCCUCUCCCAGGAGAACUUGGACGUCUUCAUCACCGCCGUGGUGAAGCUGUUGCCGGCAAGCCUCGCCCUGGCCUCGCCGCAAAAACCAUCGGCGGAACCCCCAGGAACAAGUGUCCAAGGUGGCGCGACACGUAACGAUGUGACGGGUAGCGGAGUCGUGUACACCGAAAGUGGAUCCAGAGUAAGGGGGCCCAUCCCCGGGGUUUCCAGCAGCCCUUACGAGGAGCUGGAGUGCCUCGGCAUGGUGCUGGAGUGCCUGGUGGAAGCGUGCAUCGAGAGCCUGUACAACGGGGCGUGGAACUCAUCUGCGGGAGCGGAAGAGCUAACAGCACUAGGCAGGCUGCUGCGGCGGUGCGUGCUGCCCGUGGCCUUGUGCUGCUCCAAGACCCUCAGGGCGCUAGAGAGCCAACUGGAGCGAGCUCUCGCCUGGAGGUGUUCCCAAACGUUGGACGUGAAUGGCGUGCGGGAUAGGGGAAAGAGUGCUGCUGUCCCCGGCGGUUCAACCGAGGGGGUGGACUUUGGUGCGGCGAGGCUGUGCAGAGGGCUGCUGGAGCAAUGCGAUCUGUGUGCCGACGCCGUCAGGACGCUUGGCACGGCGGUUCGCUCUGCGACUUUUCCUGAAGAGAAAGACGGGGGUGCAGACGCCCCCUCUGCCCUGAGACCCCACCGGACCGUUCGAGACCGCAUCGUCAAGAUCCUUCCCGGCGCGGUGUUGCAGAGCGAUCAGCUCUCCGCCGCGGUGGAUCACGCUCGCGGGGUGCUGCAGCUGCCGCGGAAGGCCGGGCGAGACGACGACGACGACGGGAUAACCGGGGACAAAGACGAAGCGUCCCCUGGUCACAAGCUUCCCAGGCCGACGUCGAAAACCUCUAGUAGGAGAGGAGCGUCCGAGCGCCUCUUGUCGCGAUGUGCUGCUGCUGCUGCUGCUGGCGGCGGCGAGGGGCAAGGAGGAGAGGUUGGGGGGAUGGUAGCGGAUACCCGGAGGGGAGGCGUCGUGAGAGGGAAGUUGGGAGGAAUGAGGUUGUUGAGCCUUGGCGCAGAGCUGAGGGUGUCCUGGGCUGGAGUCGAGCCGUCCAACAAAGACGGGGGUCGCAGAGAGGCAAGCACGCCAUUUGCAGCAGCAGCACCGACGCUCGCUGCGCAAUCAUCGCGCCCGGCACCUUCGACUCUCCGUACUGCAGACUCGGUAGAAUGGCGGCGGCGACAGCAGGGGCAGCCCCACGGUGAGUCUCCCAACACAGCGACGAGCGGAGAGGCAGCCCAAGCCGUCACUCAAGGCGAAAUUUUCGCCGGCACCAAGGUUAACGCCGUUGAGCCUUCUUCGUGGGUAGAAGAAGCGGCGGAAGGCGGUAGCAGUGCGGUAGAGAGAGCCGGUAGCGGUGGGGUGGGGCGGGGUCCGUCCUUUUUUCCGCGGGAUGGCGCCGGAGGAAGCAGCAGCGGGAGGCUGGAGGGGGCCCCGGGGGAUGAGGCGACCGGUAGUCGGAUGAGCCCAGGGGAUGGCGGCGACGUGCAUGGAGAGGGUGGAUUCGAAGCUUAUGAAGAGGAGGAGGAGGGGGAGGAGGAGCAGGAGGAGGUAGACCAAUUUCGGGUGGUUGGAGGGUGGGGCACUUUUUCGUAG